AUUAAAAUAUUUCGUUGCUUAAUUGAAGAAUCCAAGUGUUUCUGCCUAAUCCCCCCCUUCCCAGUGCAAUCCCCGGCAAGGCGAGCACUUGAGCCCCGCACCCCGCAUCCGUUCAAUGAAGCAGCACAGAUCCACGGCGGCUCCAAGUGGGUUUUUGCAGGACGAGAAGGAGGAGGAGGUGGUGGCGGCGGCGGCGGCGGCGGAGGAGGAGGAGGAGGAGGAAAAGAGGAGCUGGUAGCAGCAGCAGCAGCAGGCAUCUUUGCAAGGAAGCCUUUCAGGGGCUCGGGCGGCUUCUGGGGAUUUAAAUGUCACUCAAAGCAUUCCUAAAUCACCUCGCUGCUCCUCUCUGGCUUCGGAGGCACUGAGUCGAGAGCCCCGAGCGUUGCAUUUCUGCAGCCAAGGAAAUUUGCUCCAUCUCCAGCAGCAACCACUGCUCCUUUUGAUGUUGUGGUACGCCGUGCGCAUGCGCUCCACAUUAGAAUUACUGCACUGGCUAGAAUAAGUUGGAUCUCCUGUUCUCUCCCACUGAAACCCUAAAUCAUAUCAAAAGCUAAAGGGAUGCUGAGAGUCCGGAAAAAAGGUUGCUUUGGAAUAUGGUCGUUGCCCUUAAUCAUAACGGUGGUGUGUGCACAGAGUGCGAAUGACCCCAGCAAUAUGUCCCUGGUAAAAGAGACAGUGGAUCGACUACUGAAGGGCUACGACAUUCGACUGAGGCCAGAUUUUGGAGGUCCCCCUGUGGCCGUUGGCAUGAACAUAGACAUUGCCAGCAUAGAUAUGGUGUCUGAAGUCAAUAUGGACUAUACCUUGACAAUGUACUUUCAGCAAGCAUGGAGGGAUAAGAGGCUUUCGUAUAAUGUAAUACCUUUAAACCUUACCCUGGACAAUAGAGUAGCAGAUCAGCUUUGGGUUCCUGAUACCUACUUCCUGAAUGAUAAGAAGUCAUUUGUACAUGGUGUCACUGUGAAGAACAGGAUGAUUCGUUUACAUCCAGAUGGGACAGUUCUCUAUGGUCUCAGAAUUACAACAACAGCUGCUUGUAUGAUGGAUUUACGAAGAUACCCCCUGGAUGAACAAAACUGCACCCUGGAAAUUGAGAGCUAUGGUUACACAACAGAUGAUAUUGAAUUUUACUGGCGUGGGGAAGAUAAUGCCGUUACAGGAGUGAGGAACAUUGAACUGCCUCAGUUCUCCAUUGUAGAGUACAAACUUAUCUCCAAGAAAGUUGUUUUCUCAACAGGUUCCUACCCAAGACUGUCGCUCAGCUUUAAACUUAAGAGAAACAUUGGGUACUUCAUUCUGCAGACUUACAUGCCUUCCAUUCUGAUCACAAUCCUCUCUUGGGUUUCAUUCUGGAUUAACUAUGAUGCUUCUGCUGCAAGAGUGGCUUUAGGGAUCACAACGGUUCUCACAAUGACAACCAUCAACACACAUCUCCGAGAGACACUGCCCAAAAUUCCUUACGUGAAAGCUAUUGACAUGUAUCUAAUGGGAUGCUUUGUCUUCGUAUUCAUGGCCCUGCUGGAGUAUGCCUUGGUCAACUACAUAUUCUUUGGCAGGGGACCACAACGUCAGAAGAAAGCAGCAGAAAAAGCUGCCAGUGCAAAUAAUGAGAAGUUACGAAUGGAUGUCAAUAAGAUCUUUUAUAAAGAUAUAAAACAAAAUGGGACCGAAUUGCGAUCCCUGGAUCCCACUGGAAAUCUCUCCCCAACUAGAUGGACUGCCACUUACGAUUACUCUCUUAAUACGGACAGAAGAAUAAUUGGCACAUAUCAUUGUCCAGAAAUGUAUUCAACAAAGAUGGAUCCUCAUGAAAACAUUCUGUUGAGCACACUUGAAAUUAAAAACGAGAUGGCUGCCUCUGAAGCUGUUAUAGGUCUUGGAGACCCUAGAAGCACCAUGCUAGCUUAUGAUACGUCAAGUAUCCAGUAUCGGAAGGCUGGCUUACCAAGACACAGCUUUGGCCGUAACGCUCUGGAACGGCACGUGGCACAAAAGAAAAGCCGACUACGGAGACGUGCCUCUCAGUUGAAAAUUACCAUCCCUGACUUGACUGAUGUGAAUGCCAUUGAUCGAUGGUCACGCAUAUUCUUCCCUGUCGUUUUUUCCUUCUUCAAUAUUGUCUAUUGGCUUUAUUAUGUGAACUAAAAACUAAAGCCACACAGAUAUCAAGAACUGAAUUUCUCUUCAAAAUCAGUUGUACAGCCAAAUGUGGGACCUAGGGAGAAAAAAAAUCUAUUCAGGACAAAAGUUAUUUUAAAACACCUUAGUUGCUGGCCUGCUCUAUAAAUCCCUUUUGUAACAUUUGCAAAACUGUGAAACAUGUUUAGUUUCAGUACAGAUGUAUGCACCAUGAUCUUUAAAGAUAUGAUUGCAUUACAAUGUGUUGAAGUAGAAUUUGGCACUUGAUCAUUUCAUAGUUUCCCCCAGCCUUGAUUUUAACACUAAUAACUUCAUUCAUAGAAAGCUGUAUGAUUUAAGUUCUAAGAGCAACGUAUCAUCACAUCUGAAGCAUGCACUGUGUUACCUGACUGGAGAAAGGGUAAUAUUACUUGUAUCAUGCUUACAAACCAUAUUCUUACAUUACCUGUGAAAUACAUGAACUUGAAAAUAAGUAGUGCCUACCAUUACCCCAUAAAGACAAGUAUCAGUGUUUUCCCAAGCAGUUCAUGCUACUGGCUGUGAGAAUUUAAAAACUGAGUGAGGUUUCCAGUAUGUGACAAGUUUAUGCAAAAAUCACAGCAUUUGUUUAAAAGAUACAGCAUUGUGGUUAUCAUGCUGUGUAACAAUGAUCCAUGGAAUAAUCUGAGAGUUGUCUGAAUAUAUGCUGCAGUGUGCUAUUAAGCAUAAUGUCUGAGACCAUUCUAUGUGUAAAGUGCCAAAUGCCAGUGGGCCAGCAGUGACUUCUAAGGGGGCUUUCUGUUGAUAUUUUGUCAUUCUUUGAAGGAGAAAGAAAGAGGAAUGCUUGUUUUUAAAAAUAAUAAUGGCCAGGGAAAGGUUAUACAUACUGUUAAAUGGUUAGUAUCAGUUUGCCUGCUAGUCUCAAUGCUUCCAAUGAAUUCUGUAUUAUUGGUUUUAUCUCAUUUCCAGGUCAAAGAGACUGAACAAAAUCACAUUCAUAAUUUUUUUCCUGUUUAGACAACAUAUAUUUUAAAAGAAAAGACCAAAACUCUAGGAGGAGGAAAGAUUCUUCACUCCAUAUCAUUGUGUUCAAUAUAGGGGUGUGGUGUUAUUAUUUUACAUGGGAGAACUUGGGAAGUAUUACUUACACUGUUUUUAUGUAGUGGAAUAUUCCACUAUCUCUUGGUGAAAGAAGUGGAAUUUUCAUCCUGGGUUUUAAAACUGACCCUUCAGUAUUCUCCACCUCCUUUUCAUUUCCUCACAUUCUUCAAGUAACUACAUUUGGUUCAGUAGAAUUCAUUGCUGGGCUCAAACUGAAUUCUUGUUUCUAAUAUAAAAGAACUACUUAGUGAAGGGUGGGGGGGAGUGUGUUUCUGUUCAAAGAAAUAACACACUGUUGGAAAAGAACUUUUUCUAAAGUGCUAAAUAUUGCCUGUUUUUUCCUUGUGCAGCUUUACUAUCUAAUUAUUGGUUUUAGCAAUACAAUACAUGAAUGUGUUCAUGUAUUUUUGUAAGGGACAUUUAAAAUAGAUGUUGCUGAAUGCUCAUCACUCAGAAUGAGUUGGAAUUUUUGGAUGCUGCAACAUAUUUGCAGAAGCACUGACCACUUGAUUCAGACAAGAGACCGUUUCCCAUUUGCAUUUUUCCUGAGCGCACUUUGAAAGUCAGAACAUUUUUUUUGUGAUUUUGUUCGUGUGCAAACUAGCAAUGUUUAAAAUAAUUUUAAAUGCACUUUGUCAUUUGUGAGAUCUGUUGUGCUGUAUUCAAGGCUUUUUCCCCAUUACACACAAAAUAAAUAUAUAUAGUAUUUCAAAGAAGUUUGACAAGUAAACUAAAUAUCCGUGCUGAUACCAACAUGGGAUUUAUGAAUCUUGUAAGAAAGUACUUCUCUUUUUUCCCUUCACAUUGGUCCAACAGGUCAGUUUUUGUGGAAACUAUAAAUUCAGCUGUUAGUACUGCAUUUUAAGAUAUCUGGAAGUUACAGUAAAAGCCAUAAUAAUGUCUGACCUUUCCACAGAUGAAUUCUUUCCAGGGAGAUUACAAAAAGAAAUUGCACAGUCACCUCACUGAGGUCCCUUUUUUUUAAAGGGAAAGUGCUCUUAGGAGUAAAUACCAAGUACUAGAAGGUUUGUAGGAGGACGAGGACAAUAACUGAAAAACUCAUUUGUUUUGUCCUGUGUAAUAUCAGCGUAUGAAGAGAAAGUAUUACAUAGUUUGCUUCUGAAAGGAAAUUUCAAUGAACUGUUCCCUUUGCAUGGAAUUGAAAUACAUUCUUGUUUAUUUUGUUGUGGCCACAUUUCCACAUAAUAAUUGUUCCUUUUUUCCAGGUUUCAGGAUGCAACCAGCCAGCAGUUAAGGUGUUUUUUCUCCAUCUUUGUGAAAUCAUGGCAAAAUUACAACUAUGUAACAUGGCACAGUUUUAACAAUAUUUGCAAUCAAAGCUCUGUAGAUAUGUUCUGUAUAUGACUGCUAAUAUGCAUUUUCCAGACUGAUAAUUCAUGCAGCAUAUUUGUGUUUGCCUAAGGAAUGUUAUGUUUCUAUAUUAUUGCAGUUUUAAUGACUGGGAAGAAAGAACCAAGCAAUGUUGUUCUGAACAUUUUCUGUUUUCAUCCCCAGUGAAGCAAAGUCUUAAAUAAUAGCACUGAAGGAGACAUCUGAGAAAUUUUAUAUUCUGAUAUAAAAAGCUUAGAAUCUGCCAGAUACAAAAGCACAAUGCAUAGAGAACAUGAGAGCAGGCAUAUAGAGACAUCUGGGGAAUAAAUCUCAUUUAAAUUUAGAUAAAAUGUUUAUUAAACAUUCAACCUAAAUAAUUUUAAAAUUAUAAACUAAAACUAUGUUCCAGUGUCAUAGUUAGCAAAGUUAAUCUAAGGGAACAAAACAUUAAACAUUAUCUAAGUAUAUAAUGAGUAUAUUGACACAUAUUUCAGUAUAUGUGUGUAUAUGUAUGUAUGUAUGUAUGUGUAUUUGUGUGUAUAUAUAUAUGUGUACGUGUGUGUAUACACACACACACAUAUAUAAAUACACACAUAUAUAUAAAUACACACACACAUAUGAGCCUGUGUGUGCACAUACAUGCUGUAUGUACACACACUGGCACCCCAAUCCAGUGAGAGCAAUCCAUCAGCAGAAAUUGGUUUCUGCCUAUGGAUCUGCUAUGCCAAAGAUGCAGACAGGCUGCUGAAUGUGAAGAGGAGAAAAAUCUCAACUUCCAGCCCCCACCCCACCCGUACAGUACAGUUGCAGGAAUGCAGUCUCAGUGCAUCCUGUAUCAGAUCAGUCCUGUAAUAAGACUCAAAUAAAUAUCAAAAGAGCUGUUAGAUAAGAAAGAGGGAACUUGGGUGGUUUGGGUACUACUCUUACACUUCAAAAGGUGGUUAGCACUGUAGUGAUGAUCCGAUACAGGAAGGAGGAAGAGGAUGCUCAAAGAAAGCCUAGCAUUGCAAUCCUCUGCAUAGUUACUUCACUCUAAACCCAUUGAUUUUCUAAAAUUUAGACUGCAGAACUUUCCUUAGGAUUGCACUGUAAGGCAAGCUUGUCCAUCACUUUGUUCUUGCACUCCUGAGAACAGAUCAGGGCUGAGACCACAUUCUUCUCUUGGCGCCUGAUUUUCCUCUUUGGUACUGCAGGCAUGCAGCCUUCUGUGGUGCUCAUGUUUCUCUGGAUUUGGGCUACAACUUUACGUUGAUAUUUUAAAGGAAUAAGCUAAUAACAGUUUUCUUUCUAUAAUCAACUGAUAUGUGAAUAUUUUUUGAGAAAGCAAAUUAUUAAUGUAUUUAAAAUCUUACUAUACAGGGUAACUGGGCAUUUCUAUAUCAGCAGAUCAAUGCAUCUAAUUCUUACAAAACAUUGCACAGUUUAACAUUACAAUAGUACUGUACCUCCAAACAUUUCGAAAUAGAGUAGCUCUCACAUUGCUUGCCUAUUUCUUCUCUCUUUUUUUUAGAAAAAAAUAAAAAAAUCAUUGUCCACUAGUAAUUUUAUAAAAGGUCCUAAUAGGGAGGAAAGCAAAAUUCUGAAACAUUUAUUUGGAGGAAAGGCAGGAAGGCUAGAGUACAAUACUUUUACAAUAGUGAUCAUAACAUUUUGCUAUCUGUAUAUAGAACAUACAUGAGCAAUCAUAACUUAAGCCUGACAUGUGUAAAUAUUGUCAGAUUUCUUAACAUUUUUAACUUCUAAUUUGUACUUUAAUGUAAGGCAAAAAGCUGAUUCUAUUUAUGGUUUAGACUAGUGUCCUAAAAUUAUGUAAAUAUAUUUAAAUAAGCUGUAAAUGAGCAAUCUAUAGAAACAGUAAUUGUUCAGUGAUAAUUUUGGGGGUUUUUUUUACUAAGUACUAUGAUUGCAGUUCUCUAGCAGAAUAAUUUAAACACCCUUUUGCAUAAGACUUGGAUUCCAGAGAAGGGUUAUAAUAUAGAAAUCCAUAGAAAGUGCAGAAUUACAAUGGUCAGUGCAACAGCAUCAAAUUCAUCUGCACAUCAGACUACUGAAAAUCAUCAAAUAGCACCUCCUUCAAAUGGCUCUAGUAAACGCAUGCAAGACCAAUGAGAUAUGCACAUUUGUCCUAAUGACAUAAGAGUGGGGAAAAUUUAUGCACAUAUACCCAGCUUUCAUAUAUAAGUUUUCUCUGCCAUUAAAGAGAAGGAUCAAUGGCAGCAAAUGCAGAGCUCCUUGUGAAUAUUGGAGACAACUGGAACACUAGAUCAAUAGUACGGAACCCAGCAACAGAAAAUAUAUGUUUCAGUUUUCAUUUGCACUAUGACUGUGAUUCUAACAGCCCAGUCUGAGGAUGGGAGAACAUGUCCUGGAAGGCCCACACCAACACAUUUGCCCACCCUACAUACGUAAGUGGAACCUACACCAGCAGGGAGGGCACACAGGGUGGAGGGAGCUGCACAGCUCCAUGACACCUGACCCAGAAGAGGCUGCCUGUUCCAGAGCCACACUGGCAUAACAAAAGACAUCACCAUGCUUUUGGCCCAGGAACACCCCCAUCCUCGGUUGCAGUUACACCUUGGGAAAUCAUUGCAUAAAUCUUUUUGCUCUAUGGGGCUAUUAAUGCGGCAGGAGAGCUUUUGAAUUUCCCUCCUUCCUGCACCACCUAAAACUCUUUUGGCAGCGGUGCCCUUGCCGUGCCAUCCCUGGCCACUGCAGUGCUCCCCCUCCCCUGACUGGAUUGGGCUGCUAGAGCACUGGGCUAAUACAAAUUCACUUUAAUGGCAGAGGUAAAUUAACCAUGAACUAAUUAACAUUGUUUAAAAAUUACCCCAGUUCACUUUUAGCCAUGAUGUAGUUUGGUUAACUGAGCAUGCCUCUGAAUAGAGUUUACUGUUAUUCUGUGUGUCACAGUGCACUCUGUUUAAAAUUCUGCAGCUUAAAACAUAGUGCCUAAUUUUUAUCAUGAUAGAGAAUCAGAGUGCAUGUUUCCAGCUUAGGGAAAUUCAACAGCUAGUAGCACACACACACGCGCACACACAAAGAAUGAUGGUGUGGAAUUAGUAACACAGGAGUGCUAUACCCUGUAUUCAGGGGCUUACCAUAAGCUUAGAACAUCCUUACCAUGCACCAAAUCCAUCAUGUGCAUAUUGGAACCUGCCAGGCCCUUUGGAUUUUCCCCCUUUUGUAUAAAUGAAAGUCUGAUCUCUAAAAUCUGUACCACAAAGGUAAACACCAGACUUCAAAAAGGCACAUUUGCCAGUGUAUAAUAUUCUAUUCUUUCCACUUCUUCCCAGCCCUCCCAAUGCCAAAGACUCUUUAUUUUAGAAAUUUAUUAAAAGGGAACAUUAUUGAGACACUGCUUAACACCAAAGGUAAUGUUUAACAAAAUGCACUAGGAUAUAUUUGUCAGAAUUUUUGAGGAGUAAAUGGAAUGUUAAAUGAAACUCAUCCAUAUUCCAGCUUGUACAAAUAGUAUCUCUAAACAUCCAUUUUAAUGAAUUAAUGAUAAAUUAGAAUGGAUGAUCUUUGCAGGCUAUAUGCAACAUGUUUCUUACGUGUCAAGUUAUUUCUUUUAAGUGCUUUGAUAAAUACUUUUUAAUAGCAGAACUCUUAGCUACAGUUUGAUAUUUAGGAAGUUAAUUUAGUUCUCCUGUAAUGUUUUUUUCUCAUUUCUAAAGUUCUCUUUUUGAAGUUUCUCAGCAUUUUGUAUGUUUGCCUUGUUGAUGCCAUUUAAGAAAAUGUCACCAGGAUGUACAUUUAAGCUUGAUCAUACAGUUUCAGUUAGUUCACAUGGGCAUUUGAAACAUCCAAGAAUUCUAUUGUUGACUGUGUUUUGAGUUUCACAUCUUAAUUUGCAUGGGUGUUUAAAUACUUCUGUUAGUACUGUCUUUGCACUGUUUUUUUUUCUCUCUCUCUUUACUUAGUACUAUUUACUUCAUAAUGUAGUAAUCAUCAGCCUUACUAAUGACCUUGUAGCCUUUCUAAUAUGCACAUAAUGCACAUUUUCCAAUGGCUAGAAAAUGCAAAAUACUAGUGGAUAUCAUUGCAUCAGAUUUUCAUGUUUUUUCUCAAAAGGACUGCUAACCUCUGAGAAGAAUAGAGGUAAUUAAAUUAUGAUUGUAAAUUGAGUAGCACAUAAGAGAUAUUUUCUUGAAUCUAAACUUAAUACAGCCAGUUUCAGCAUGUAAAUAUAUAAUAAUGUUGGCUAGUGUGUAAUUCUUGAACUAAAAAAAUAUAAAUAAAGAAAAUGUAAAAGAA